CUGCGGCUGGCGAAAACAAAUGGGAAUGAACGGUUAACAGGAAAAACAAUUAGCGAACCUUUUACAGCUAAAAAAGUUCGACAAAAGCGUACCAACAACAAUGUAUUUUGUGGAAGUAAAGAAGUUUGUAAUGCGAUUUCGCCUUCAUCGUCUUAAAGAGUGAUGAUUACUUUGAAUAUUGGCACACGCAUCAAGGACCGAUGACAAUAUAAUAAUUUUAUAACUUCGCUUUAAUAUCGCGACCAGUAUCAAUAGGAUAACAAAAAAGAUGAAAUUUAUUGUUGAUUCGGUUUGCUAUUAAAGCGUGUGUUUUAGUUUUUAAACUAUGUGCAUAAAAUAUACAUAUAUUUAUUGUUUUCGGCUCGGAGGAAAUGUUUAUGCUAUGAGCACAACCUACUUUUAAUAAUUAUGAAAUUAGUAAGAGAGAAAACAAUCAUUUAUAAUUAAAAAAAUGUUCUUAAGCACCUAAUCAGUUUUCAAGGAGUCAAAAAGUUAUUAUGUUAAUGCCCAUUGGCUCAUCUAAAAGAUGUGAAACUUAAGAAAGCAUGAAAUUAACUUAUUCUGGGUGAUGUCAAUUAUGUUACACAAUAGGAUUACUUGUAAUCAGAAGAUUAAUAGAAACCGAAUGACACGAGGUUUGAUAAUCUAUACAGUGGUUUUUACGGAUGUUUCGUUAUAACUACUGAACCAUACAUCCGAUUGACUUGAAACUUGGUAUCCGUGUAGAAAAUACAUGUACUUAAUGGAUAGGCUAAUAUUUAUAUGAGUGUUGGACUCCCUAAUAAUAAUGACAAUAAAUAAUAAUGUUAAUUUUAAAUGCCCAGCAAAGCGGGCGAGUUCGGCUAGUAAUUAAUAAUUGUUAUCACAUUAUGUCAUUAAUAACAGGAUAGAACGAAAAUCGUUUUGUUGUAUAUACUCAAAAACAAACUGGUUGCGCUGGUUUAAAACUGCUAGUUUUAGGUUUCGAAAAUUAGCAACAUUUUAAUUUGGUUUUGCAAAUCCUGUCCCAUCCCUCUCCGGCACUUUACCUACGGACGCGUGCGAGCGAGAUCGUGUGGUGACAUCGAGACGAAAAUAAUAUGGCUGAACAACCGCGCGCGCGCUUCGUGUCUUUGUUAUGUUAAAUACGUAAAUAAGUGAAAUCGUUGGUGUUUCUCAUCGCGGAGUGGUACGAGUCUGCAGUAAGGACUACAUAAAGGAAAAAAUGAUACUACUGAAUGUAUUCGCAGUCGUCCUUCCGUGUGUGCUGGCGUCGAGGACGCGCGGCUCCUCGGGGACUUUAGUUGACUUCACCGACCCAAAGGUCCAGGGACAUUUAGAUGCCCUAGUACGGAUGGCGCAGUCGUGCGUGAUAAAGGUUCGGGCAACUCCGAAAGACGUGAGGGCUUAUUUCACGAACUCUUCACCCGUUUCAAGAUCCGGACAGUGCUUCGCUACCUGCAUGCUCGAACAAAGUGACAUAAUAAAUCACGGAAAGGUCAACAGAGACCUUCUGGUACACCUGGCUGGUUUGGUGAACGGCAAGAAUUCACGGGUUGUACGUAAGCUGAACAGUGUCUCCCGUCUCUGCUUGGACAGUAUUAGUGGCAUGACGGACAGAUGUCAAUUAGCUUCGACGUACAAUGACUGUCUGAAUGAAAACAUGAUAGAGUUCGCUUUUCCCCUCGACAUUGCAGAGGAAGCCGUCAGGAAAAUGCCGUUCCAUCUAAUACAGCCUAAUUUGCCGCAAGAAAUGAAGCAUCCGAACUAUUGAAGUCAAUAAAUUAGUGAAGAUCUGUAAUUUUUAUUCUAUUGUAAUUUUUAUUUUAUUCUAUCCGAUUAUUAUUCUAUCCUGAUCUGUAAUUAAUAUUAUGUUUAGUUUAGUGAU